CUGAACCGAAACCCGCCGUUCCCUAGCAGUGUCCACUGUCCAGGUCUCUCACUAAAACGCAGCCUUUCAGGAGCUGCUUAAACCCCAACCCUUGCUCUUCGUCCUCCUCCACCAUGAGCAGAUCAAAGGCACUCCUUUCGUCUCUCCGACAUGCCUACUCCUCCAUCUCGACUCGUUCUUUGUUGACUCAAACUCAGGUUUCUUCUCUCUCUCACUCCUCGAGGUUCGAUGCUUUUCCAACACCUAAUCGGUUUCUGUAUCAAUUCCGCUUCUUUUCGUCGGAACCGAACUCGUUAGCUCAGUUACUACUCGAAAACGAUUGGUCCCCUGCAUUAGAGGAUGAGUUGGGAAAACCGGGCGCGUCGCUGAGUCACGAGACUGCAAUCUACGUUCUGAUGAGUCUGAGUAAGGACCCAGAAAAAGCUUACGGCUUUUUCGAUUGGGUUUUCCGAAAAUCAGGGCUUCGUCCGAGUUCUCCGUUAUAUAGCUUGAUUUUGAGGAUUUUGGUUAAGCAUAGGUCCAUGAAGCCGCUCUGGGUUACCCUCAGAGAGAUGAAAGAAAAAGGGUUUUGUUUGAGUGAGGAAACGUACUCCAACCUUCAAGCUGUGCUUAGGAAGGAGAAAUUGACUAGCGAUUCUGUGGCUUUGACUAAUUUCUAUGAUAGAAUGGUUAAGGAGAAUGCAAUGGAUGCUGUUGCGAAAAGGGUUUCCGAUGUUGUUUCAGGGGCUGAAUGGGGUAGUGAAGUGGAGAGGGAAUUGCAGGAGAUGAAGCUCGUAUUGUCGGAUAAUUUCGUUAUCAGGGUGUUGAAGGAACUCAGGGAUCAUCCCUUGAAAGCUUUGGAGUUUUUCCGGUGGGUUGGUGGCUUUUCUAGUUACGACCACAACACCAUUACCUAUAAUGCAAUCUUGAGAGUUUUGGCAAGGCCCAAUUCGGUUGGAGAGUUUUGGAGUGUCAUUGAUGAAAUGAAGACUGCUGGUAGCGAGAUGGAUUUGGACACCUACAUAAAAGUUUCGAGGCAGUUUCAGAAAUCUAGGAUGAUGGUAGAUGUGGUAAGGCUUUACGAGUUUAUGAUGGAUGGUCCAUUCAAACCAUCUGCGCAAGAGUGCAGUCUUCUGCUGAGGGCAUUAUCAACAUGUCCUGACCCAGAUCUGGACCUGGUAUUUCGAGUAGCAAGAAAGUAUGAAUCAACAGGGAAUUCUCUUUCAAAGGCCCUUUAUGAUGGAAUACACAGGUCUUUAACGAGUGUAGGGAGGUUUGCAGAAGCCGAGGAGAUUGUGAAUGCUAUGAGAAAUGCAGGAUAUGGGCCGGACAACAUCACAUACAGUCAACUGGUUUUUGGACUGUGUAAAGCCAAAAGAUUAGAAGAAGCAUGCAAAGUGCUUGAUCAAAUGGAAGCACAAGGAUGCAUUCCCGACAUAAAAACUUGGACUAUUCUGAUUCAAGGGCAUUGUACGGCUAAUGAAGUGGAUAAAGCCUUGAUGUGUUUCGCAAAGAUGUUAGAGAAGGGGUUUGACAUCGAUGCUGAUCUACUAGAUGUCCUGGUUAAUGGAUUUCAUUGCCAAAAUAGGAUCGAAGGUGCGCACAAAUUUCUUGUAGAGAUGGUGAAGACGGCCAACGUAAAGCCGUGGCAAGCCACAUACAAGAAUCUUAUAGAGAAGCUGCUAGCAAUCAGGAAAUGUGAAGAAGCAUUGGAUCUUCUCCGGAUGAUGAAGAGGCAAAAUCUCCCUGCUUAUACCGAACCCUUUGAUCAAUACCUUGCAAAGUUUGGGACUGUGGAGGAUGCUAAGGAGUUCCUGAGAGUACUAAGCUCAAAGGAUUACCCUUCUUUUGCCGCAUACCUUAAUAUUUUCAAAGCUUUUUUCCGGGAGGGAAGACACUCCGAAGCAAAAGAUCUUCUCUACACAUGCCCCCAUCAUAUCAGAAAGCAUUCUAAAAUCUCUGAACUCUUUGGGCUUGCAUAAAGUGUUAGCCCUUUAUUAUUCAGUUGCAAGAUACAUAAACACCAAUCUCGACUGCCAAGUUCCAUAUUCUUUUCUUGGUGUUUUCUC